AGAGCUGACAAAAACAUUGAUAAACGUCAUCUGCCGCCUAUCAAGACAGCCAGUGACACCACGGAACCUAAACUUGGGAGAAAGCGCCUGCGAGCACGUUGCUCGCUAUCUACAGCACUGAGCACAGUGGGAGUCAGCUGAUCAAUACAAACCCUCACAGUGGAGGGAUACGAUGUGACGUCUCUCUUCAAACGCCCGAUUUUCCAGCUGACGAAGUGGUCAUUCCAAGACAGACUGUCCGGUCACUAAGCAUCAGCGUUCUUCUCCAUCACUUCCGGGUUCCUGGAAGUCUGCGAGGAAGGAUCGUCUAACUACGUUCAUAUUGGAAGGCUGCCUCAGAUGCGCCGAGACGUCCACGCGGAGGGAUACAAGGUAUAAGCUGCAGUGGCACGGUGACCUCGUCACAACUGGAUGAACUCUAACCACUCCGCUGUUGCGAUACCUGCUGUUGUUGGGGCCUGUUCCCGAGUGUGCUGUACAGGUGAAACAGAAGCAAGGUGAACGACACAUACAAGCUCAACUGAAGAUGAAUUGCUGUAAAGUUGUGUUUGCUGCGGAUCUCAGCGAACACUCUGACUACGCAUUCCACUGGUACAUUGAAAACUUCCACCGACCAGAAAACAAGGUGAUAGUUGCAACAUGCCCGGAAUACUCCGUGGGAUCUGGAGACUCGUCCCCGGCCCGGAUCGAGGAGAUGAUCCUGGAAGUGAACGGUAAAACCGAGCAACUGAAGGCCAAAUAUCUGGAAGAAAUGAACAAGUAUGGGGUGACGGGCGAGGUGAUGGUCCUGGAUGACCACAAGCCAGGCCAAGCCAUCUGCGAGCUGGUCAAGAAAAUGGAUGCUACGUUUGUGGUAACCGGCACCAGAGGUCAUGGGAAAAUCCGACGCACCAUUCUCGGCAGCGUCAGCGACUACAUCCUCCAUCAUUCUCAAGCGCCGGUGUUGGUGUGUCGACACAAGAGUGGGGACAAACACAAGCCUAGCCACUAGGCGAUAUAUUCCGCCGUCAGUCGUGAACGAUGACUGCACGAACGUGCUGAUGGCUGUGAAUUCUGUAUUCGUAACGUGACGGCACGGCGUUGUCUGCGCUGAUGCGGUUGAUGAUGUUACUGUAAACUACACACGCACCUUUGUGUGAACUCGCCUCAUCCACUCCAGAUCUUUAACCUACUGUAACCAUGAAGCAGAAAGUACAUGCACACCACCUUAAACCCGUUCACUCACUCACUCACUCACAAGGGCACCUAGAAGAGUUCACUUUGAACAGUUCAGUGCGGAUUAACGGGCAUUAACGCUACCGCUUAACAUACGUGUAUCGAUAUUCGAGGCCCCAUGCCUCUGCCCGUCGUAUAUAAUACAGCAAAUCAACCCGUGAAGAUCCCGGUUAGAACUGGUCUUCAGCAACGCAUGCUUGUCGUAAGAGGCGACUAACGGGAUCGGGUGGUCAGACUGGCUGACU